ACGCCGUUCAAUUCAAUCUAGCGCCGCCAUGGACCACCGCAACGGCCGCCGGAAGAGGCAGAAGCUCACUCCCGAAGCGCAAUUCCGUUCUACACUCGAUCAUUGCUCCAAAACCAAGGAUCUCUCCUCUGCCAUAUCCCUAUACGAAUCCGCCGCCUCUCCGAUCCUCACCCUCAACAAUCUCAACUCCUUCCUAUACAUAUGCUCCAACUCCCUAUCGGAUCCCCAAACCAGAGAAUCCGCCAUCGAUCUCGGAUUCAAGCUGUUCCAGCGCCACAGCACUGAGAAUUUCAAGCCGAAUGAGGCGACGCUCACUGCUGUUGCGCGGCUGGCGGCGGCCAAAGGCGACGGCGCGUACGCGUUUGAGCUCGCCAAGAGCGUGAAGGACCACGGCGUUGCGCCGAAGCUGAGGACCUUUGUUCCUGCCUUGAUUUGCUUUUGUGACGGUGGAGCGGCGGAUGAGGCGUAUGAAGUGGAGGCGUAUGUUGAGUCCUUAGGGCUUCGAUUGGAAGAAUCUGAGCUUGCGGCGCUGUUGAAGGUAAGUGUCGAGGCAGGUAAGGAGCAAAGAGUUUAUGAAUAUUUGCAUAAACUUAGAGCAAAUCUAAGAGGGAUAAGUGAGUCAACUGUGGCAAUAAUAGAGAGUUGGUUUAGAGGGAAAAAGGCAUCUGAAGUGGGCUUGAUUGUGGAACCAAAUCUAAUCAAGGACGUCAUUACGAGAAAUGGAGGUGGAUGGCAUGGACUCGGUUGGAUUGGGGACGGUGAAUGGAUCGUCCGUAGAACAAGUAUCUCCCCAGAUGGAAGGUGUUGUUCAUGUCACGAGCAGUUGGUUUGUGUCGAUACUGAUAGAUCUGAGACAGAGAAGUUUGCUCAGUCCGUUGCUUCUCUAGCGAUGGAAAGAGAAGUCAAAUCCAAUUUUAAGGAAUUUGAGGAAUGGCUGGAGCAACAUUCGGACUAUGAAACAGUGAUAGAUGGAGCAAAUAUUGGUCUAUACCAGCAGAAUUUCGCAGAGGGCAGUUUCAGCAUCUCACAGCUUGAUGCUGUUGUGAAGGAAGUGCAUGACAAGAGUAAGAAAUGGCCGCUUAUUGUUUUGCAUAGUAAGCGUGUGCGCUCACUUCUCGAGGAUGCUUCUAAAAGAGAGCUAAUCAAGGAAUGGAUGGAUCGCGGAGCACUAUAUGGAACACCUUACGGAUCAAAUGAUGACUGGUAUUGGCUUUAUGCUGCUGUGAAACUCAAGGGCUUGUUAGUUACAAACGACGAAAUGAGGGAUCAUAUUUUUGAGCUGCUCGGCAGCAAUUUUUUCUUCAGAUGGAAAGAAAGACACCAGGUUAGAUACACGUUCGUCAAAGGUGCACUUAAACUUAUGAUGCCGCCUUCAUACUCGGUCAUCAUUCAGGAAUCCGAGAAGGGUUCGUGGCAUGUACCCGUAGCAGCUGGGGAAGCUAGCGACGAGUGUUCAAGAACCUGGUUAUGCGCGACCCGAGCGCCACCGGAAACCGAAGAUAUCUCAGACAAUCAUCCUUAGCAACAUCAUCAUAUGGUACUAAGAAUUUUACACAGGUUGGUUCUCUUUAUUGAGUAUUUUGAAAUUAUAAAUUAUUGUUUUUCUUUAUCAUCAUAAAAGGAAUUUAUUUAUAAAAAUGGUUAUUUCUGAAUUAAUCAUUUUCGACGCAAUUUUGUACUAUAUGCCAUUGUUUACC